AUGAACCACCAACCACAUGUUUCCUAUUCCUUUUCCUCAGAGAUUGAGCCUGCAACCACAGAUCCAGAUAGACAGCUUAACAUCAAGAUUAAGAGGAAAAAUACCAGUCAAACAGAGAUAAACUUCUCCAUAAAGUUCUCAACAACUGAAAAUGGUCAUAUAACGGAUGACACGGCUGAUCUCAUGGAACACAUGUUUAGCUACCAUGUUAUCUACUUUCCAGUUUCUGGAGAAAUCACUGAAUAUACCAGUCAUAAGUUCGCUUCUAUGAUCCCAUCAUUAACCGAUUAUGCAGGCACAAAUGUCCGUGCUGUUCUCUCUAUAAGAGAUUUCAACCCUACCGCAAUCAACAGGAUUGACCUCGACUUAGCUUUGAUCGACCUACGAGCAUCAAUAAGACAACCUAUUCCGGAGGAUGCUGACAAAGUGUGCUCCAUCUGCCAAGACAAACUCAUUGGGACGGGGGUUGUAAACUCUCUGAAGUGCAACCACAUAUAUCAUCAUCUAUGCAUCGUGGAGUGGAUUCGCCAUAACUUAAGGAGUCCCACAUGCCGUGACACACAUUUCUAA